CAACGGGAGCGAGUGAAAUUGACUUGGACUUGCAUUCUUGGUCAUGCGCUUGUAUUUUUUUUUCGUUCUUUCUUCACUUCCUAUCAAAGAUCGCUCGUCUUGUUGAUGUUGCUUUCCCUUAAUUAUAUGCAUGUUGGUUAAAUGAAUACCUGACGAAAAGAGCCCACGUUCAAGGCAGUGAAAUUUGACCGCUGAGAGGAAAAGUGGCUCUAAUGAAAAGCGACCUUUGGAAUUCCUGCUUGUGAAAAUUCCGACUCAGCUUUUUUUUUUGUUGUUUGUUUUUGCAGCACGACAUGAUCAGUAGCACCAGUGUUUAUGGCUUAAAGAUGCAGUGGACCCAGGAGCAUGCCCAGUGGGCAGAACAGCACUUUGACAUCACCUCAACCACCCGCUCUCCAGCACACAAAGCAGAGGCAUAUAGGGGUCACUUACAGCGUACCUAUCAGUAUGCUUGGGCCAAUGAUGACAUUUCUGCACUGACUGCCUCAAACCUUUUGAAAAAAUAUGCAGAGAAGUACUCUGGAAUCUUAGAAGGUCCGAAUGAAAGGGUCAUACUGAGUACUUAUUCUGAAUUAGCUCCAGGACUUGUAAAUGGACGGAAGAAUGAUAAUGACUCCUGGCAGUCGCCUUUAAACUCGGAAGGGGUUUAUUCUAUGAACUGUGUUCCUGAUGUUAUUACUGCAAGUAAAACUGGAGUGACAACCACCCUACCUCCAGCAGAUGUAUCUGCCAGCAUUGGCAGCUCUCCUGGGGUAGCCAGCAACCUGACGGAGCCCAGCUAUUCCAGCAGCACCUGUGGAAGCCACACUGUAGCCAGUCUUCAUUCUGGACUCCCGCCUCAGGAAUAUGCUGCAAGUUACAACGGCUCUUACCUACAUUCAAACUACAGUGGCCAGACAGCACCUGCACUUCAGUCACCUUUGCACAGCUCUGGGCUUUUGCAGCCACCACCUCCGCCCCCUCCUCCAACCCUGGUGCCAGGCUACAAUACCAGCUCCUCUAACCUCUCCAGCUACAAUUACACUUCUGCUGGCUACCCUCCACAGACUUCUGUUGGCCCUGGUUAUAGCCCUGGAGGGGCCCCACCACCUUCUGCUUACCUGCCAUCAGGUAUCCCUGCCCCAACUCCCAUCCCUCCUCCCACCGUUCCAGGUUACACCUAUCAGACCCACAGCCUUGGGCCAAUUGCACCAACACCUCUAAACAGCAGUUCAGCCAAUUCUCUGAAAAGAAAAGCUUUUUAUAUGACAGCGCAAGGAGAAAUGGACUCCAGUUAUGGAAAUUUCAAUUACAGCCAACAACGCUCAGCUCAAAGCCCUCUGUACAGAAUGCCUGACAACAGCAUUUCAAACACAAGCAGGGGGAAUGGAUUUGACAGAAGUGCUGACACGUCAGCUUUAGCAUUUAAGCCUGCGAAGCAACUGAUGUCCUCAGAUCAGCAAAGGAAAUUUAGCAGCCAGUCUAGUAGGGCCCUAACCCCUCCAUCCUAUAGUUCUGUGAAAAACUCCUUGGGAGGGUCACGGUCGAGUGAGCAAUUUGGAAAAUUUGCAUCAAUGAGUGAGCAUAGCGAUGAGCACAGACAACAUCUUUCCCACCCAAUGCAAGGACCGGGAAUCCGCACAGCUACCUCAUCCACCCGCUCUGCAGAUGAGCAACUGAAGAACACCGACCCACACCUCGUUGAACUUGUGACCAAUGAGAUCAUCAACCAGGGACCUCCUGUGGACUGGAAUGACAUUGCUGGACUGGAUCUGCCCAAGGCCAUUGUAAAGGAGGAGAUUUUGUGGCCUAUGCUGGGGCCUGAUGUAUUUAGUGCUUUACCUCGGAGCAUUCUUUUAUUUGGACCUCAGGGAACAGGCAAAACAUUAUUGGGCAGAUGCAUAGCCAGUCAAUUGGGUGCUGCUUUUUUUCGAAUCAGCGGCUCAGCCCUGGUAACAAAAUGGUUAGGAGAAGGUGAGAAGAUUGUUCAUGCCUCUUUUCUUUUAGCACGAUGUCGUCAACCUUCUGUGAUUUUCAUCAGUGAAAUUGACGUACUGUUUUCGUCACAGUUGAGUGAGGAAAGCCCAGUGAACAGAAUUAAAACUGAGUUCCUCAUGCAGUUGGACAGUGUUCUAACCUCUUCUGAGGACCAAAUUGUGAUCAUCUGCUCCACAAGUAAACCAGAGGAAAUAGAUGAAUCGGUGAGAAGAUAUUUCAUGAAACGACUUCUCAUCCCAUUACCAGACAGCACAGCAAGGCACCAGAUAAUCAUUCAGCUGCUCUCACAGCACAACUAUUGCCUCAGCGACAAAGAGAUUGCACUGCUUGUUCAGCGAACAGAGGGCCUCUCUGGACUCGAUGUUGCCCGGUUGUGUCACGAAGCAGCGGUAGGCCCUCUCCAUGCCAUGCAGGGCACUGACCUUUCAACCAUUAUGCCUAACCAGUUGAGGCCAGUAACUUACCAUGACUUUGAAAACGUUUUUUGCAAGAUUCAGCCUAGCACAUCACAGAAAGAACUUGACAUGUACAUUGAGUGGAACAAAAUGUUUGGUUGUAACCAAUGAAAAGAGAUCAAGCAAAUCUGGCCAAACAAACCUGCCACAAUGGUUUUUGCAGUAACAAUACAGCUGGAAAGGGGCUAGAAGGACAAUGGUGACCCUGGCACCUUAAUGCAUCAGAAUAGACUACAAGGAGAAGCAUUAACAAGAGCUGUUGAUCUGUAAGCAACACAUUGGGAAAGCUUAUGUUGAUGCUUGAUUCUGUUGAAGCCAGGCAUCACUUACAGAGGUGCAAGUGGUUUGACUUCAAGGGGACACAAACCCUGUGUGUGUUUAUAUCAUUCUGCUGUUUUUGAGAUUAAGUUGCUAUCAAGUGCCUGAAGUGGUGCUUUAUUUUUUGUUUGCCUCACAAUCUACAUUGGUGGCAUGUGCUAAUAUAAAGAGCUUUAACUUCAAACAUUAUGGGACUAAACGAGAGAGAUAAGCUGUUUUAAUAGGGGACAGUAAGUCAGGAUUUUUGUCAUUUUCAGAGCAACAGUAUUCCUCAAUCAUGCCUGUUCUGCAGUAUCAGCUGAGAACUUAAAAAUAACGAUAAUGAAAAAAUAGGGUAUUGGUAAUCUGGACCUUUCAUUUCUGUAGUUCAAUUCUUUUAAUGUUCUGUCUGCAAAAUCUCAGGAAAGUGAUUGUGAUUUGUACAGUACCUCAAAGGAAUGUGUUGAAAGCACUAUUUACUGCUGAGAGUUCUAGGCUAGGCUAGGCAAGCUAGGCUUCUGUUUUACUUUAUAUAAAUGUAUGUUUACCUCAACAACUGAAAACUGAAAAGGAGAUGACUUUGAAUGUAUGAAGAUGUAUCCUGAAGUGAUGGGACAGUCAGUUAUAUAUUUGUUUUGUUUUGUUUUUUGCUAGUGUUAAUGGACAAAUGUAUCGAUUUAUAGUGUGUAAAUCAAUUUUUGAAGCCCUUUUUUCUUUUCAUAUUGUGUAACAGUACUUAAAGCAAUGUUCUGUUAUUGCCUUUAUCCACAGUACAUGGAGGGUAAAAAAUUGUUUAGAUCAAGUUAUGAGAAGUGGGGG